UAGUUUUGAAGAUUUUUCGUGAUGGCAGGUGAAAGUGUUUCUCAACGUUUUUAAAUAUUUUUUUUUACACUUUCAGCUCUGUUGCAGACGCAGCUAACCACAACACAAUACCACCCACGUUACUCAUUAGGCAUCCAAAAGAGUGUCACACAUGUCAGCCACAACACGGCCGUCACCGCCAAAGCCACUGGCACCACUUCCUUCCCAUUCCUCAAACAAAUUGCGUAUUUCCACUCCCAUUCGAUCCUUUAAGCGUAAGGAUUUUUCCAUUCGAUGUGAAUUCGAGAAUAGUCAAAGGUGGACGGUUGGUUGUGUUUCCGGUACUGAUCCAAUUCAUAUUAUUCUAAAACCUCCUUCAAUUCCAAUGGCUUCAGCUGCUGUUUUGGGUUCUACUGCGAAGAAUUCUAAGAGAGUUUGCCUAUUCUAUUGCAAUGAAAUGAAGGACCUUGCUGAGAGAAUUGCUUCCCAAUCUGACGUCAUUGAGCUUCGUAGCAUCACUUGGAGGACUUUUGAAGAUGGAUUCCCCAACUUAUUCAUAUCUAAUGCUCAUGGCAUCCGUGGACAGCAUGUAGCUUUCCUUGCUUCCUUUAGUUCUCCUGGAGUAAUUUUUGAGCAAUUAUCCGUCAUUUAUGCAUUGCCAAAGCUCUUCGUCUCCUCAUUCACACUUGUCCUUCCAUUUUUCCCAACGGGCACAUCUGAGCGUAUGGAGGAUGAAGGUGAUGUUGCCACAGCUUUUACGCUUGCCAGGAUUUUGUCAAACACCCCAGUUCCUCGAGGAGGACCAACUAGUUUAGUUAUCUUUGAUAUCCAUGCCUUGCAGGAGAGAUUCUACUUUGGAGACAAUAUACUGCCAUGCUUUGAGAGCGGGAUCCCAUUACUUCUAAAUAGACUACAACAACUCCCCGACUCUGACAAUAUAUCUAUAGCUUUUCCUGAUGACGGUGCAUGGAAACGUUUUCACAAGCAGCUUCAGCAUUUUCCAAUGAUUGUCUGUGCUAAAGUUAGGGAAGGUGAUCAACGAAUUGUACGGAUUAAGGAGGGAGACCCUGCAGGACAUCAUGUUGUGAUAGUGGAUGAUCUUGUACAAUCAGGUGGCACCCUAACGGAAUGCCAGAAAGUGUUGGCUAAACAUGGAGCUCAAAAGAUAAGUGCUUAUGUGACACACGGAAUUUUUCCAAACAGAUCAUGGCAGCGUUUUAGCCAUGACAAAGGAGGUAGUCCUGAGAAUGGGAUGACUUACUUCUGGAUCACAGAUUCAUGCCCUCGAACUGUGAAGGAGGUGAAAAACAAAAAACCAUUUGAGGUUCUGAGCCUUGCCGCUCCCAUUGCAGCUGCACUUCAGAUUUAACUGCAGAUUCUGUACCUUACCUGCAAUGUCCUUGGAUUUAAGAUAUUUAGAGAAAGCUAGGAAAAGCGGGAGCUUCCUGCUAGCAUUAUCGAGAUAAGUGGUGCUACUCAAGUGUGAGGAGUUUAGAUUGAUGUAGACAGAUUUUUUUCCAAUUCUAGUGGUGCUACCUCUCAGAAAUGACAGACUUCGAUGCCAGCAUAAUGAAGAUGUUUACUACUAUGCCAAUCAAAGUGCAUCAUUUGAAGAUUUCCCUUAAAAUGAUUUACCGCGAAAAAAUAAAUCCUUUGUUUCCCAUAAAAUGCUUGCUUGUUCCAUUUUUCUCUGAUUUUCAUGAGCUAUUUGAUGUAUAAGCAGUUUUUAUUUGAAGCCAUCACGAAAAAGUACUUUCCAUGCAACAACAGUCAGGUCAACAGAUCAUUUGUUUGCUUCAUCCAAAUUUCUUGGUCAUCCUUCCGUAAGCAAACUUUCCAUCUGUAUACUACUUUUUGGGAGAUUAACGCAGUCUAUUUUUGUUAUAAAAUAAAUAACGCAUACUAAAAUUAACAAGACUAGAGAGAGAAACAGAAAUUAGUAAUGGGAUUUUCUUUUAAAAAAAUAAAAAUCGGUGGAGCGUUUAGCUCCUUUAUUUCAAUUCAAAAUUCUGUACAAAUAGGCCCGAAACGAAGCCCAAAACAACCCAAAAUCUGAAAACCUAUCCGGUCCAAUCCAAAAGAGGAAGUGGCCGUCUCUAUAAAAUGUUCCUAAAGGGUAGGGUUUCCUAUUUGAAGCUCCUCCUCACCGUCUCUCUCUCUACCAUGUUCUCUCCCGGAACUUCUCUAAAGUUAACCUUCCGCCUCAUUAUGUUGUGGAUCAUUUAUAUUUCUCACACUUAUCUUUCUUAGCGGGCAUAGAGGUAUACUCCGGUGAAUGAAGUGGAUUCUAAUGUGGUCUCAACGAAUAUGCCAAGUCAUGUGUGCUGUUGACUGAAAUCGAUAAGUGGAGAUUCUAAGAUGCUCCCUGUCUCCUUCUGAACUGAUUUCCUCUCCAACUACAGAUCUAAAUCUUCCCAUCUGACUUCAAAGGAAUCAUUUUUUAUUGGUGGAACUUUUUGUAAGCUGAUAUAGCCUAAGCUGGGUAGCUUUAUACAAUUCACAGUUAUGUAUGUCCUAGGAUGGCAAAACUUUAUGUACAUAUCAUAACUGUGCUUUGGUCUGUUAAUAUUUCUAUCUCUGCUCAUGAUGUUGUGCAUGUACUAAAAGCUUUCUUGUUCUAAUCCUCAAAGUUGAUAUUUGUGCUUUA